UUCUGGUGAUCGAGUCGAUCAGUAAUAUCGUUACGUCCCCGCCACCUUUCCCGAAUCCGUCACAAGUUCCGCAGCCAAAGCGGGACAACAUCCGAGGGUGGUGGACACUCCUUGUGUGAUCCCGCCCAAAACCGCCGUCGUGGAAUCGUUCCUUCAUGCUCGGGUCGUCAGAAGCGACGCAUAGUCCUCCUCCUCCCUCACUUCAUUACUCUCCCUCUGUCGGGGACCUCGAUUGCGCCUCUACCAGGGACUCGACCCCCGUCACCACUCCCCUCGGGUUUGGCGUACCGUUGCGCAGACCGGAUAGGGAAAAGCUACUCUCGGAUUCCUCGUGGACUCGAAAUUCACUUGACAUCGGCGGCGACACGUCCUCACCGUACUUUGACAACCAGCAACUACACCCUCACUUCGAUUCAGAUCUCGACUUCCCUCUCUUUCCUUCCUCCCCCAUACAAACCAACACCAUGACCGGUGCAGCCGCUCCGAUCGACAUCGCCACCCGCCAGAGUUCCGUUUCUCCUCCCGGACAGCAGGCGUCGAACCUGACGUCUGCUCUGCAGAGAGCUGGUAAUGGAGAACGGACAGGCAGUCUAUCCCAUGCAAACGGUGUUGGUCUCAGCGUCUUCAAAGCUCCCCCUCCUCGUAAGGACUCCAUCGGUGCAGCUACCGCACAAUGGGGCAACGGAACGAAGCCCAUCUCAAUGUCCGGCUCCAACCGCGAUAAACCCCGCCGUGAGUCUUUGGCAGGAAGUUUAGUUGGUGGAAUGAGCUGGGGUGGUGUGUCUGUUGGCAGUUGGAUUCGCGAUGAUAUAAUCAUGACCGGCACAUCUCCGUUCACUUUCCAGUCACCGUCAUUUCAUUCAUCCUCAUAUUUACCCAAGCUGGAAGCGAACUUCAUGCGCGACUUCAAUUGCUGUGGGGUGACUCUUCCGACGCUUCACGAUCUUUUGCAGCACUAUGAGGAAGCUCACGCCACCAAGUCACCUCAGCAGGGCCACCGCCCCAGUCAAGGCGAUAGUAGAGCGGCCCUGGCUGCGGUGGCGAUGGCGCAGCAGCAACAAGGCCAGCAAAACAAUAACCAGGGCCGUGGAUUGCAGCCAGAUAGGACUCUGGACUUGCAGCGGAAAAUGAGUCAGCUUCCACACACUCAGCAGCAUUCGGAUAUGGAUACCAUCGAUGACAUGGAACUUGAUGAGCCAAUGGGUGAUCACGAUGCCGCCACUGCACAGCUGUUCGCGCCUCAGUCGCGUGAUGGAGGUCAAGGAGGUUUUGGCAGUACCAACCAAAGAGUUCCGCAUCUGAACUUGUCGAUGCUUCCAGGACACCAAGGGUUCAAAGGCUCUCAGCCCGGUACUCCCGUUGCCUCUGGGCGCCCUCUGUCGCUGCAGAACAACCCAACGGUUUCUUCCGUCAAUACCCCUACUUUGAUGGCGAACCCUCUACAGAACUCACAGUUCCGGACCACACCAGACUCCUCUGCCCCCGGGACGCCGGCAGAACUGGAUGACAGCAUGCUUGGUGGUUUUGGAGACCUGGCUAUGCAAAAUCCGAUGAUGCAGGGUCAGUCUCAGUUUGGAAGGUUUGCCGGAAACAACAACGAUAUGGUAGACUUGUGUAUCGACGAACCAGCCAAACGAUUGUUUAGUCCCACUGGCGGAAUCAAUACCCCCAAUGCUCACUUUAAGCUCAGUGGAGCACAGUACGGCCCUAACAGUGAAAUUGCUCGACGGAUCCGAGAGCAACAGUUGCUGGCAGGUGUUCCUGAUACCACUGCUCUCCUUCCCAACGAGGAACCCAAGCCUUUCCGGUGCCCAGUCAUUGGCUGCGAGAAAGCGUAUAAGAACCAAAAUGGUCUGAAAUAUCACAAAGCUCACGGCCACAACAACCAGCAACUUCACGACAACGCAGACGGCACCUUUUCUAUCGUCAACCCCGAGACAUCAACGCCAUAUCCUGGAACACUUGGUAUGGAGAAGGAGAAGCCCUACCGCUGCGAGGUCUGUGGCAAGCGUUACAAGAACUUGAACGGUCUCAAAUACCACAAGUCGCACUCGCCGCCCUGCAAUCCUGAUUUCCAGCUUGCUGCAGGCAGGAAUUUGGCUUUCGGUGGAGGCGUCAUGCAAGGGCAGAACAUCAACGUUGCUGGGGCUGGCCUACCUGGCAUCGGUGAAGAGGGUCUUUUAUAAGGUCCCCAUAUCACGAACGACAUGCAAUCCAAUUUUACGCAUCAUUAUUCCCACACUAAUUCGACACGACGAUCUCUGACGGCCUCGUCGCGCGGGAUACGAUUUAAUGACAGGUUUGGUGGCUUGGAGUUAAUGGUAUGAACGUCAUGUCAAUCGCGGUUUGGGACGACCGUGCUUUGGUCUGGUAAUAAAUCAGUCCUUUUUAAAGACUUUGAAGAAGU